AUGCUGGACGAGUUAGACAACGUCUUCGACGACCAUCCAUCCCUGGACGCGUCGCUCGAAGACUUCGAGAACAAUACCAACCCCCACAGGUCCCCAAUGUUCGCGCUGCCCUCCCAACACUCCGGAUUCCGGUCUGAAGACUCGGAUGGGGAAGAUGGAGAAAUCGAGGACCCGGCGCAGGAGCGCUGGUCACCCCCAGGCUUCCAUCAACCCGAAUACAUUCAGGGCAUCGGGCUCAGCGCCUCUCCGUCCCAGUCGCGUGAACCAAGUCCACAGUAUGAGGAUGCGCUCGAGGGUCCCACGAAGAGUAGACAGGUCGAUCGCGCCAGCCCGGGCGACAUCUCUGUCGCGGCUAAUGUGCCUCUACCGGCGGGUGCAGAUACCCCCCUCCACGGACGAUCCCCAAGUCCGCCUCCGGCUCCGACUACAGGGCGCACACCACGCCACAGUCCCGAGGACGACGGGGUGGGCUUUGGCGCGGAGAAUCUGAGCAACUUGCGUGCAGAAGUCCAGCACCGAGAACCUAUUGCCGCGUUGUUUGGCUAUCUGCGCUCAAAGUUCGAGCGCAUGACCAGCUCCAAGUCUAACACCACCUUAUCUAUCAUAAUCCUCCUCCUUUCAGUCGCAUUCAUGCGCGCCCUAGUCCUCCCAGGCCUCCCACAGUCGAUCCCCGAUCUAGUAAAGCUAUCCGGCUUUGCGCGCUCCUUCGAACCACUGAUAUACUAUUCAGAGAACGGUGUUCAGCAAAUCGGCACCCUGCAAGAAACCGGCGUCGCAGUCUGGGACUUGAGCGAGUCCGUCCGCGGCACCAACAUGACCAGCGCACCCAUAAUAGUGCGCCAACUAGACGAGCUCUCCGACUCCCUCAAGUCCCUCUCCCUCGAGCUAACCCGCUUUUUCGCCAACGUCGACUCAGACAUCGACUCCAUCCUAAUAGUAAUGGACUGGGCCAAGCGCGAGCUCGAAACCCUCUCCGCCCAGCCCCCAAGCACCCUCCCUACAAUAGUCUUCGACAACAUGCACAACAUGCUCUCGCGGCUCGGCGCGCUCGAACGCUCAGCCCAAGUUUCCGACAACGGUGUCUCCGCAACCUCCACAACAACGACACCCCUUGGUCACCUCGUAAUGGCUGUCUUCGGGCCAACCUCCGCGCAGCGCACACGCACAACCCUAACCCGCACAUUCACGGAGUUCCUUGCCGUCCUCGAAGAAUCAAUAAACAGCGAACUCACCCACUCAACCGCGCUCUUCGCGCUCUUCGAGUCUAUCGACCGCCAAUUCCUCAAUCUCCAGCGCACAGUUGUCCGCGAAUCAGACGCCCAGGAACGCGCAGAGGGCGAGAUGCUCUCUUCCCUAUGGACGCGUGUGCUGGGGCCGGAUGCCGCGGCCGUUCGCAAAUAUGAGAAGAACAAGAAACUCCUCGCGAAUGUGCGCAGUCGCACAGUCGCGAAUAAACAUCUCCUCGUUGACCACCGCGGCCGACUACUCACGCUGAAGGUUAAUCUUGAGACGUUGCGCAGGAAGCUAGUUAGCCCACUUGUGCGUCGAAAUGACUCUGUCAGUUUCGUCGGGUCAGUUGAUGGGAGCGGGAGUGGGAAUGGGAAUUCCGGUUCUCCGGGCCGAAUGCUUGGGCCCGUUGAAGCUGUUAUCGAUGGACAGAUCCGCGGGUUGGAAGGGACGUAUGAUUACCUGCGGACUGUUCGGGAGAGACAGAAAGCGAAACUUAUGGAGCUUGUUUAUGGGGCAGGGAGGAAGCCCAGCCGGGCUAUGAUUGAUGGGUUGGAAGGGAGUGAUGACGAUGAGUGA